AAUACACCUUACUUGUUUACCAUGACUAUCCUCACCAUCGUCUCAUUACUUGUACUCUCUGCUAUUCCUAGCCAUGCGCAAUUCGGAAACAACGAUAAUUUCCAUCACAAUACUACAACAAGGAUAAUAGCUGCAGUUGUCGUUGUCGUACUUUUCCUACUUGCCCUGGCUCUCCUCGGAAUGUCAUACAGACGACGACAACAGCGAAGAUUAGGUGUUCAGAAUAUCGUGCUCACAAGACCGCCUCCCCCUCCUGGAUAUUGGAAUUCACAAGGUGGACCAAUUCAAGAACCUUAUGCGUACAACGUACCGCCGCAGGGAUACGAUCCUGCAGCCUACUCACCACCGAGUGGGCCUCCACCGAAGGAUGGGUAUUACGGAAAUGGAGGCUAUGCUCCGGUACGUUCCUCUUUGCUUUCACUCGAGUGCUGCGCUUCCUUCCCACUUACUCACGUCUAUCUAUUUCCGUCCUGUCCUAAUUUAUCUCAAAUCAUCUCAAUUAGCCUCCCGGACCACCACCUUCCCAUAUGGGAUAUGGAGCUGGGUAUGGCGAAAAUUUGUACCUCAAUUCCCCUGCUGCUGGUGCUUCCGCUGGACUGCAAUCACCGGCCUACGACGGUUACUUACCCCCUCCUGGCCCGCCACCGCAGGCUCAUGUACAAAGUAAAGCUUAAAGAUAAACUUGAUCGCGCCUCACUUUCGUUGUUUUACUAAUUGAGCAUGAUCUAUGUAUCGUUAUGGACGAUGUAUACUAUCAGUAUCGCUGUAUUCGUUUCCUUUCUUGCAUUUUUGCCAAGUUUAUUACGGACAGUUGUUUGCUGGAUUUUUUUCUUCCAUGUUAUAUUUGGGUGUUGUAUAACAUACAUAUGUAGUGAACUGUUUUGGUUGACUCA